ACAUAUUUUUGUUUGUUAGUUAAUUUCGUAAUAAUAUUAAGUUAACUAAUUUUCGAAUGUGUAUGAAUUUUUAACGUAAACGCCAAGAUAUUCUGCUUAGAUAGAAAUAUGUUUACAAGAACCAAAUAGAAACGCAAAAGAAAACCACGAAAAAAAAACUCAAAAUGGUCUAUCGAUAUUAUGCGAUAUCGCAUUACUCGCGAAAAAUAAAUAAAUUCAAAUUUGAUUCAAAUUCCGAAAUUCAGUAAAGGAAGUUUUAUAAAUUUUGUGAACAAGUGAUAUUUCUAGUAGUUGGGGGGUUAAAACCUCCUCACUCGACUUGACUAGAGCUUAAGAUAAGAACGGCGACUUGUUUUGAUUUUUUUUGUUGCUGAAAGUGUUGUAGAUAAUUUUGAAAAAAAGAGAAGGGAAAUUGGUGCUCACAACUCUUGAAUCUAUACACGCUGCAUAUUUGCACUUAUCUACGGGCUUUUAUAUAUAUAGUACGAUAUGUCCGAGAAGAAUGGACAAGGAUCAGCACAGUGGUCGAAAGGUGCAUUGACGGCAACGCCAGCAUCAAAGCAGCAGACACAGCAGGGUAUUUCAACCAUAUAUAAUGCAAAUGUUAGCGCAGCUCUAACGGCUCUAUAUGGUAGCACCAACCACCACUUAAGCGAUAGUAACCAGCAUGAUGUAGCUUCUUAUAAUUCUGCCCGUUUCCAAGCACCUCCGCCAUUGGAUUCUCAUGCAUCAUCAUCAUCGACUACAUCGUCAUCACAUACUGUGCCGCAACCCUCAACUUCCAAUGUACCUGUUCCAAGUGGAUUUGUGCCACCACCAUUUGCCGUAGCAUCGUCUGUAGCUGUUACGACAUCAGUACUAACACCCAAUCCCUAUGCCGUUUCUUCGCUUGCAGCCGCACAAAGCCUGUCAAGUACAACCCAUCCGCAUCAACCUGCAACAAUAUCCUCUCAGCAAUUUCUAGGACAAAAUAUAGCUGCUCCACAACAUCAUGUGCAUGCUCAUUUCGCCAUGGAUCAAUUUCAACAUUUAAAUGUGCAGCAACAGUUCGAGCUUAGCAAAAUAAUGGCGGCUGCUUCGUUUAGCUCGAACCAAAUGGCGACUUUGACGUCAACAGGCAGCGGACAAAUGUCAACAUCAGCAUCCUCAAUAGCUGCACCAUCACUGUCGCCAUCUACACAGUCUUCUACACAAUCCUCAACACGUCAACCAAAUACUCUAUCGUUUGGCUCUGUUGGCGAUGUUCCUAGUGUAACUGGUGGCGAUGGAGGCACCAUCAGUAGUCAAUUGGCUGAACAAGUCAUUAGCACAAUAAGUACAGGCAGUUCGGGAUCUAAACUUGCUCCAACGCCCAUACAUGGGCGACUCAUGGGCCUGGGUGUGAGCGCCCCAAGUGAAGAAAAGCUGCGUCGCAUACAAGAGGUUGUAGAAUCUGGCAUAAGUGACCAUGCCAAACAACAAAUCGUACAAAUAUUAGAUCGCAUAUCAACUUUAAGGCCUUUAGAAAAGUUGCUGCUCUAUUUACGCUUGCCUGGCGAACAACCUGAAACGGAUCCAUUACGUCAGCCACAAAAUCCUUUGGGUACUCGUUCCGAGAUUAAUCACACAAUAAAUUGGGUUCGUACUCAUUUAGAACAGGAUCCACAAGUUUCAAUACCUAAACAGGAUGUAUACAAUGACUACUUGAUCUAUUGUAGUCGUUUAAAAAUCAAGCCCUUAUCUACAGCCGAUUUUGGUAAGGUUAUGAAACAAGUUUUUCCUGGCAUACGACCCAGGCGCCUUGGCACCAGAGGACAUUCUCGUUAUUGUUACGCAGCAAUGCGCAAAACUAGUAAACUGCCGGCGCCACAUUUACCCACAUUAACAUCCAUAAAAGGUGAAACCGAUGGAACAUCUGAUGUAUCAAACAUAAAUAUCUCCAAUGUAGAAGAUGAUGACUCAUGGAAUAUAAUAAAACAUUGGGCUGAAAAUAUGUUACAUGUUAAGGUGAAUGAUGUUAAAGAUUUGGCAAACCAAAUUAAAACAAGUGGCAACCUACCAACUGCUACAAGUGGCCAAACUCAUGCUCCCUAUUCUGGAACACCUAAGACAAGUAAUGUAAUGCACAAGAAAUAUGCACAAAGGGAACCCAAAGAGAAGCGUGUUAUGGCUGACAUGGGGCCUUUGAAGAAACGUCGUAAAAAGAAACGCAAGGGUUCAUCCUCUUCAGAAUCCAGCUGUAACCAAUCGAAUACAACCAGUGGCGAACAGCAGGUAUCAUUACCAAUCCAGCCACAGUUAUCACCUGCAAACAGUUCAAAGAGCAGCCACCAAAACUUGUUAUCUCCACAAAUCUACAUUGAUGAUGGACAGAAAUCAGUUGGUAUUGUCAACAUAAAACAGGAAAUUGUUGAUUCUCCUGGUUAUACAGCUUCGACCAGUGGGGCUGCAGCUUCCGCAUCUGAUAGUGAUGUUAAAACUGCGCCCCAAUAUCAUUCGCAGUUGAUUGCAAGCCAUCAGCAGCAGCAACAGACUAUGCCAAUUAAUUUGGCUUCCAGACCACCACCACCAGUACAGGCUUCCGCUAUAAUUACAAGUGCUUUUGAACAGGUCAGGCCACAAAUUUCGUCACAUACUACCAGCCCCAAUACGACGGCAGUAAAAAAUUUAACACCAAAAAUAAUGGAACUAGCAGCAGAAAGUCCUCUACAUUCAUCAUCACCGCCACCAUCAUCACAACAUCAAACCGCCACAAUAAAACAAGAAGUUGGAGUGGAUGAUUACAAUACAUCCAACAUAUUUUGUAAGAAGGUAAGAAAAGCACAGCAAACAAAAGGUUUUUGGGCAAACUCUCCGACCUCAAGUAAAACAAUGGCUUCCACCACGACAACAAUAGCAACACUACCGAUUAUAACGACUACCGCCUCCACACCUCCUCCAGUUGCGGCGAGCGUGAUAUCAUCGCCGAAUAACAGCAGCAGUGCAUUGGAUUCAGCUAGUGCAGGGAUAACAGCCAGCUAUUCUAUGGGGCCGCCGGCACAAAUGGCUCCAUCCACAAGCCCCAAUAACAAUCAAAUCCUUCAAGAGGAUGCAAUGGGUCAACCAAAAGUUGUUUCCAGAAAUCUUCAGCAGCUAAGGGCAAAAAAAUUACUAGUCGCUCAUCAUGCUCCCGCAUGUGAGCCCCCUGAUUUAAGCGCUGUAAAGGAUGCUGCCGAUCUACCCGAAAAUUUAGGCUUACCCCGUGAGCGGGUGAUAAGUAUUUGCAACAUGGAUAAACACGAGCUCGAUGAUUACUUUCUACCCGUCGAGGAGGAAAAUUCUGAAGAUCAAGAAACCGAAUUGCUUCAAUAUUUUCAGAUGGGAGACGCUGAGGAAAAAUUAACAAAAAAUUCUUCCUCCGAUGCUAAGCGACACAGUUAUCCAACAGUGCCAGUUCAGUCGAUGUCCUCGACACCGACAUCGACACAAUUAUCUGUAACGAUGUCUAGCACAAUGCCAGCAACAACAAGGCAAAUGUUAGCAAUGAUGAAUGUGAAUGCCAAGCGUGAUGGUUCCACAAACAAUGAACAUACAAAUGGAAAACCUAUAAAGCAACUAUCACAGCAGGCUCUUAACUAUUUGAGAAGUUCGCAACAGACUUCUUCACUUAAGCGAGAGCUGACCACCAAGUUUACAUCAUCAAGGACGGACUCGUCGGCUGUUGGAACUGCCUCAGCGUCUCUAGAACACAUAAUACCCAAGCAUCAACAUCAACAGCAGCAGCAACAGCAACAGUUGCAAAAUCACUCAAUUGUAGGCCAACCAAAUUUGCAACAUCCGCUGCAGCCUCAACCACCUACAAAGGUUUCAUAUAAACGUAAAAUUAAUUUGAAUACCUCGACCUCAUCGGAUGCGGCAAGGAAAAAUUAUAGCUUUCUGCCCAUAUCGCCAAACAUAAAUACAGCGUCCUCGUCCUCGGUUAGUAUUGGCAAUAAUACUGGCUUCUUUGCCAGUCCCAGUUUUAAUCGUUUGUUAUUGAAACAGCAGUCGCUCGAUAGUGAAUCAUCUUCGGACCCCAUGAUAGGGGCCACGCGCAGACGUCGAACCUAUGUUUCCGCAAUGACAUCUGCUUCCGCACCACCAAGUCCUUCGAUUUUGAAGCAACAACACGAACAACAACUAUUUCCUUUAUCGCAAAAUGUAUUGGACCAAUGGACAUCGUCAACCAGUUACAAUAACGCAGCAGCAAAUCAUUCGAGUGCUGUUUUAGGAGACCAAAAUUCCUUAGAUUUAGAUUUAUUUGGAGAAGCUGCUGCAGCCACAGCAACAGCAACGGCAACGGCAUCGUCGUCGUCGCAUAUGUGUGGAAACCAAGGCUUAAAAAAUAACUGCGCAACAAUUGCAUCAGUGAAUGAGGGCAAUGGGAUGAACAACAAUGACAGCAUCAUCAAUGAUCUGACACAGCGAUCACGUUCCGUGCCCUUGUCACAAUUGCAACGCUCACACUCACCCACCUUUAAUCGAACAUUUCAAAUGGGCAUGGGCGGAGGAACCUCCACAGCAGCUUAUUCGGCAUGUAAUUCAUUAGCCCAGACACCCGUACCCUCUGAAUUUGUAGAUUCUAUGACGAUGCUUUCGGAGAAUAGCUGCAGCCAACAAAGUGUUUCGGUGAAAUUGGAAGAAGUUGGUAAUGCUGGCGUAAGCGCGUUGCUCGAUGAAGUGGAUGUAAACGAAAUAUUGUCUUCGCCAGAGUUUGUUACAAAAUUUUCGAACAUUUCACAGAGUGCAGGAGCAGGAGGUAUGGGGACAAAAACCUCCUGUUCAUCAACAGGAUCAUCGUCUGGUUACAGCAGUGCAGGACAAUUCUCUUUUUCGCUAGGUAGCUAUGGCAGUAAUGGAAAUGUUGUUGGCGGCACAAUGUCCACUUCAACAUCUGUAUCACGAUCGGUUCCUUCAACACCAUUACCGCACCAAAAUCCCCAAAGUUUCUUGGGCGGUAAUAGCAAUCCAUUCUAUAAAAGACGCAACAACUGUCAACCUUUAAACAGCGGAUCUUUCGUCUCCAAUUUUUCAACAUCGGGAAAAUAUGGUUAUGGCAACAUGAACUCGUUACUCUCUAGAUCGGCGUGUGAUAUUUCAAAAUCAAUGCCUUCCACUCCCAUUACAACAACACCAAGCAGUUUUCGUUACAGUCCUUCCGAAUUUACCAGAGAUUUUCUUAUUAAUGGCAAUAGCAUUGACGACAGCAUUGCCUCGUCGUUCGGAACGGUAGGAGGCCCCGAUAAUUUGUUGGGCUCCGAUGUGGUGGGGGUGGUGAAUGGGCCAUUACACUCGGACGCUUUACUUAAUGGAGUUGAUGACCCAUCGGUAAUGAGUAGUGCCGAUGGUGGUGUCAUUUCACCAGAUUUCAACGUAGACACAACUGACACAUCUGUUUUGGUUGGUGGAACCGCUGUAACUGGAGGUGAGUCGGUUGUUAUUGGUGUAGGUUCAGAUAUUUUGGACAAUUUGUAGAAUUUGCCUGAAGAGCAGUUAAAGCGAAAGCGCAUGAAACAACAAAAGUCGCACGAUUCCAUUUUGGAAGAGCCCUUGGUGGAGCAUAGCACUAACCGAGACAAUAAUGGAGCAGUUAGUCUUUUAUUGGCAGAAGUUGGGAAGCUAUAAGGAUGAUGAUGAUGAGCUCGAAUGUAUUUACAUAUCAAAUGGGCUGGCAUAGGUAUGCUGGACACUGCCAGAGACACAAAUAAUAUAAUAUCGUUGGGAUAUGCAUUUCAUUUGGUAAGUGAUACUUACCAUAUGUUGUAAGCUUUUACAAAGCUCAAGCCACUUACUGUACGAUAAGUAAAAAUUAAGAUCUAGAAAGGCAACUCCUUCAAGGCAUAACGCUUUCGUUUUAACUUGCUCUUCAGUUUAAGAACAUAGAAAAGUAGUUAUUAGUAUAUAACUUGUAAUAAAUUUACAAUAAAAAAAUUGUUAUUUCUAUACAUGCGUAUGUAUAUGUACGAUUGUAUAUUCUAUAUUCAUGUAAAUGUUAGUACAUCUUCACACUGAUUUAGUUUGUAUUUGUUUUGUAUUUUUAAGUCUACAAGUGUACAGUUUUUUUAUUCCUUAGUCUUGCUUUAACAAAUAAAUUUUUUCUUAAGGACCAUAACACACACGUAAAUACAUAAAUUUUUGCACGCGAAACCUUAAACGAUGUGACGUGACGUGACGUGUCAUUAAAACUGAUGAGCUUUUCUGUUUAGUUAUGUUGGACUCUGAAAGUAUUGAAUGUUUGUCUCCAUCUAAAGCAUGUUUUAUGUGUCGUCAAAAAUUGUGUUUGUGUUUUUUCGAGUACACACUCAUGGAUUGAUAUCAUAUUGGAAUAAUGCUUAAAAUGCGUCAAAUUUCUUUCAUAGUUUUAUUGCUAUUAUGUUUCCACAAAUACAAUAUAUUAUUUUCUCUUUCAAAGAAAAGAGAUUGCAGCUAUUUGAUCAUCAGAAGGAAUAUCACUACAACGAAGGAUUUUUUAUUGAGGAGUUUAUAAUUUUUAUUUUUUUUUAUUGUAAAAUCUAUGUUUUGUAGUUUUGCUUUUUUUUUAGUUUUGACAGAAAUUCUGACCACUGUUUAAUCCAGAUUAUGUUGUUAAUUGAACUUUUUGUUUAUUCUAAGCAAAAUUCUCAGGGUAAUUAUUUAAAUAUUUUUAUUUUAACCACCCGAUCCGCUUGCUCACGUCAAAAUUGUUCUCUAAAUAAUUUAACAUUUAUUCUUCAAAAUUGCUUAGGGGAAUAUAUACCAUUACUAUAUUAUUCCCUUUUAUCAUCUAUGCACCUUGAAACUUCCAAAGAUUUCUCUCUGCCUUUUCAUUGAAUUAAAGGCCUCGAACAUUUUUUUCUUUUUGUCGCUCGAUUCGUUCGCCAAUUCUUUGAAAACAGCUGAUUUUAUAAAGGGAAAACCGAUGUUUUCAGUCCGCGAACGAAUCGAGUGACAAAAAAACAAAUUUAGUGGUCUAGACCGUAAAAAAUUUAAAUCAGCAGCGAAUCAAUUUAUUGCCAUAGCCCAUCCACCAUAGGAUGGUAAACUAAUCUCUUAAUUCCGCUGAUUAUAAAUAGCAGCCGGUGUUCGCACCGGAUUGACCCGAAGGAUUCCUUCAUCAGCAAAAGCUGCCGCCUCAGUGUACAAACACUGCUACAACAACAACAGAUUAAAAAAAAUAAAAACUUUAUAAAUUUUUAAUGUUGAAAAUUUUACAUAGGCCCUAUAGCAACAAUAAUAACUCAUGGAAAAUUGUAGCCAAAUUGGACAAAAAUUAUGGCUUUCAGGGUGGGCUCGAAAUGUCAAAUGGGUAAAGGAGGUAGUAUAUCAGGUUAUAGUCCGAUUUGCACCAUACUUUUGCACAAGUGUUGGAAGUCAAACAGAACACUACGUGCAAAAUUUCAGGAUUCAAUAAUUCAAGUCGAAGGACCAAUAUUUAUGGGAGCUAUAUCCAAAUCUGAGCCGAUAUGGCUUAUUUGCAAUCUUCAACGACAUACAUCAAUAAGAAGUAUCUGUGCAAAAUUUCAGCGGCUAGAUUUAUGCGUUCGACCGCUAUCGUUAUUUCGACAGACAGACAGACGGAUGGACGUGGCUAGAUCGACUCAGAAUGUCGAGACGAUCAAUAAUACACAUGCAUUAGGAAAAAGUACAUCUAAAAGACAGGGUUGUCCAGCGUGGUUAAUGCGGCGAUUGUAUCAUAGAGGUGUUUUCGCAAUAAAACGAUUCAAAUACAAUAUACCAACGCACGACCCUUAAAGCCAUCACACCUAAUAUGGUUGAAAAGUCUGCUAACCAAAGACGAAAUGUAUCCCACAGUAGUUGGUGUGUGUUGCUAUCUCUGGCUUUCCUUUCACCUUUGCAAAGAAAAUCUCCGAUCAUUGAGCUCGUCUCGAAGGAGAAAAAACAAACAAAUAUUGUGAAAUUUAAUAAUCUUCGCCCUAUCAGGCAAAAAACUUGAAUAGUAUUUAUAUUUUAUGUGAUCGCAGAUCAAUAUUUCAAACGGAAUAACUGGAUAGGUACACCCCCAUCCUAUGGUGGCGGGUAUGAAAAUGUUUUCUAUCUUCAAAAGCUGAUAACAAAUAAACAAAUUUUAUUCUUACUUUGUUUAACGCAUGGCUCCAUUGUUUUUCUAUUUUAACAAAAGUUCUAAAAUUAUAUCAACAAUAGUUUCCUUUCGAGAAUAUAUCUGUAACGGUAGUUCGCGAUGUAUCGAUUAUAACAUUUGUGGACAAGUGUUGCCACUAUAGAAAAACUUUCUUAACCAAAAAAUUUCAAAACAUCCUACUAAAUCCACAUCUAGUUGUCCAAAAUUUAAA